AUGCCACACGCACCUGCUCAUUCGUGCGCCAUCCCCACGCGCUCCCAGCGCCUGGGCUUGCCACUGGACCAGAACCGGUCGCCUGCCCGCAGCCAGAAGCAGGGCUGGCUGGGCGCUGCGGAAAUGCAAUGGGAGAUCGUCAUCACGCAGACGACGACGGAUCACCACCGCACGCCCUGCAAAUGGCCCGCCUUCCGCUCCUCGCGCACCCGCCCGCCGCCGUCAGCGAGCACCGAUGCCAUUCUUCACACGCGAACCGAGGGAUCGGCGACUGCUCGCAAAUGA